UCGCCGCCGCUGCCGCCGCCGCGUUCCCGCCUCCCGCCAGCUCCCGGGCUCCUGCUGCGGCUGCGGUUCUGGCGUCCGAACUCCCGCGACGCCGCAGCCCAGCUCUGGCGCGCGGACUGUCCCGCGCCCCUGCCUAGCUGCCCGGAGCUUCCUAAUUCACCCGAGGCGCUGCGGCAGGUGCUUGGGCAUCCCGACGCGCGGUGAUCUGAGUCCGGCCGCCAUCGAUGACCCCGGACGCGGACUUGCUCCAGCAGGAUCACCUCGCGUGGAUAUCCUGGUGUUCCAGCAUCAUUUGUUGAAACUAUUACCCUUUCUCCACUCAUCUACGUGGGCGUCUUUGUAGAGCUAAUUGGUGUUUGUACUGUCUUUGGUAUUAAAUCAUGGGGAGGAAGCUGGACCUGUCUGGUUUGACCGAUGAUGAAACAGAGCAUGUCCUCCAGGUGGUUCAGCGAGACUUCAAUCUGCGCAAAAAAGAAGAAGAACGACUCAGCGAGAUAAAGCAGAAGUUGGAUGAGGAAGGCAGCAAGUGCAGCAUUCUUUCAAAGCACCAGAAGUUCGUGGAACACUGCUGCAUGCGCUGCUGCUCGCCCUUCACUUUCCUCGUCAACACCAAGCGCCAGUGUGGGGAGUGUAAGUUCAACGUCUGUAAGAACUGCUGUUCCUAUCAGAAGCCCGAGAAGGUCUGGAUCUGCUGCAUCUGCCAGCAAGUAAGGCUUCUGAGGACCCAGUCCCUGGAAUGGUUCUACAAUAACGUGAAGAGCCGCUUCAAACGCUUUGGCAGUGCCAAGGUCCUGAAGAACUUGUACAGGAAACACCGGCUGGAGAGUGGAGCAUGCUUUGACAUUAUAGGAGGAAGCUUUUUUGAGACAAACGCAGAGAAUGAAGGAAGCAUUUCGGGCAGUGAUUCAGCAUUCUAUAGGCAAGCAGAAGGGCAUAGCAUGAUGGACACCUUGACCGUCGCCUUACGGGUGGCCGAAGAGGCCAUCGAAGAAGCAAUUACCAAAGCAGAAGCCUAUGGGGACAGCCUGGACAAGCAGAAUGAGGCCAGUUACCUGCGGGACCACAAGGACGAGCUGACCGAGGAACUCGCUAUGAUUAUCCUGCAGAAGAUCAUAUGGAAACAGAAGAGCAAAAGCGAGCAGCAAGCAGAAGAAGAGCUGGAGUGGCCACAGCCCCAGAGUUGUGGUGUGAAGGUGGCCGGCGCAGGGUCUGCUGCCUCCCUGGAAGGGCACCAAGCCCCCGCCACGCUGUGGCGGUCCCAGUCUGCAUUGUCGGUCACUGGGGAGGAUGCCCCGAAGACUUCAUCCCUGGAGGCAGCGUGGAGGCAGCCGAGGGAUCAGGGCCAGCAGCCGAGGGAGGAGUCUGCCCUGCCCAGCUGGAGGAGUGUGGACAAGUUGGACGAAACAAACCUGGCUCUGGUUUUGCAGAGCCCGGACGGGAACUGGGUGGCCCUGAAGGAUGGCCCUCUACCCCCCACUCGUCUGCUGGCCAAACCGAAGAGCGGGAUGUUUCAGUCGCUGGAGAUGGCGUCCAGCAUGGUGUCUGCCUACGAGGAGAUGGGCUCCGACAGCGAGGAGGACUUCGACUGGAGUGAGGCCUUGAGCAAGCUGCGCCCACGACCCCAGGACCUGCUCCAGAACCCCCAGCCUCAGCCCACACAGACCCACAGUUCCAGCCCAGGCCCCUCAGCUGCCUCUCCCUCCUCGGGGCUCUCCCCCAACCCUGAGGCCAUGUGCUCCGACUCAGAGACCUCCUCUGCGGGCUCCUCCCGGGAAGCCGGGCACUGGGCCAGACUGUCCUGGCUGCAGGGGAGGCCUCCCAGGAACCCUGCAGCAGAGAAGAUGCGCCUACAUGGCCAGCUGGAUGUGAACUUCAACCCCCAGGUGGCCAGCAGGGAGACCUCAGACAGCAGCGAGCCUGAGGACGCCCUCCACUCCACAGACCGUCGGGCCAGGAGGUGGCGAAGGGUCCGAGUGGGCUCACAGGAGACAAGCAAGGAACCAUCUUCCCUCAACACUCAUCCCCAGGAUCUGGACACUCAUCAGGUGUUGGGUGAUUUAUCAGAGAGCGACAUCAGCAGUGAGACUCAGCACCCCAGGACCAGCACAAACAUCAUGGAGGAGAAACUGAGAAACAAGUUUUACGAGUUAGCAAUGAAAAUGAGUGAGAAGGAGGCUUCUUCAGGAGAAGAUCAGGAGUCUGAGCCCAAGACAGAAUCUGAGACCCAGAAGGAAAGUGUGUCCUCUGAAGACAACAGCCAGAGCAUGCAGGAAGAGCUGAAGAAGGAAAAAAGAGAAGCUUUAGCUGUCCACUUAGAGCUACAGCUCUUAUCCACAGUGCUUGAACAGAAGUUUUCUGCUGUUUCUCUCUGCAACAUCUCCACAAAAGUCCUGAAAGUCAUCAAUGCCACAGAGGAAUUGAUAGCAGAGACUACAGGACCCUUGGAGUUCUCAUCAGUCCCUCCUGACAGAGAGAAGGGGACGUUUCCUCUUGGGACGGACCAAAUGAGACUGGAUGAGCAGCUGACUUCCCUGGAGGAAAACGUGUACCUGGCGGCAGGCACUGUGUACGGACUGGAGGGCCAGCUGAAUGAGCUGGAGGACACUGCCCGCAGCAUCCACAGUGGCACUGACGAGACAGAACUGACAGCUCUGGAGGACCAGGUGGCCACAGCGGCAGCCCAGGUCCACCAUGCUGAGCUCCAGAUUUCCGAUAUCGAGAGCCGGAUUUCAGCCCUGACCAUUGCAGGAUUAAACAUAGCUCCGUGCGGGCGCCUCACAAGAAAACGGGAACAGAAGCAAAGGAACCAGGUACAAACCAUAGACACAUCAAGGCAGCAAAGGAGAAAACUGCCUGCCCCACCACUGAAAGCUGAAAAAACUGAAGCAUCUUCAGUGACCACCAUCAAAACAUUUAACCGCAACUUCAUUUUCCAAGGCUCCUCAAGAGACAGGACUAAAGAAAAGAAAAGUACCACCAAGGAUUUGAUGGAGCCCACUCUGCUGUAUUAGUGCCAGGGAGCUCCACUGCCAGUGACCCACUGCCUCCGGCCGUACACGACAGUGCCUUGACCCAACAGCCAUCGAAUACUGUGUGGAUUUCCAGCCAAGGAGAGGGCCUGGGGAAGCCACGGUGCACCAUCGCACAGGGCCGCCCUGAUACCUCACCCCGAAAGCAGGCCCAGACUUGAGCUUUGCGGGCUUGCCUGCUCUCUGCCUUAGGCUCCCAGGGGAAUCCAAGACAGAAAACCGAGAUGCUGGCUUCCAACAGCAGAGCUCCAUGUUCAACAGAUGCAUCUUUUCCCUGUUCGCUUUGCUACUGUGUGUGUUGUCUUUUUAAGAUCUUAUGUUUUUCCCUUUGAUCCUUUUGAUUCAACUACAAUUACAAGUCAACAAUUCAUCCAAAGGAAAAUUAUUGGAGGGUGGGGGAAGGGAGGUGGGAAUUACCACUUAAUUCAUCAUCAGUGCUUAUUAAUCUCUCACAAGCAUCUUUGUCUUGCAAAUGUUAAGGAAAAAAUAAAAAACAAAAAUGCCCCUGUAGUGAGUCCUAGGGACAGUCUAAUUUGGGGAGUACUCAACAAUCAGGUCUCCCUUCAGUCACCUCCUUACUUCUAAGCUCCCAGCCCACCACACUACCUGUCAUUUCCAUUGCUUUUCAAUCACAAAUCACAGAAUGGAAUGCUGUGACUUACCCAUGCCAUGCCUAGAAGUUACCACAUACUUGCUCCCAGCCCCAGGUCUAUCUGAAACAACAUGUCUUUGAGAAUGCACCAGUAUGGUUGUUCGCUGGACUUCCUGAGAGUUUCUCUACUCUAAAGGCUAGAGAAAGGUCACCAUUGGUUCAAUUUUAGGGCACUGUCCAAAACCAACACAGGAUGAUUUAUCAGUGACCAUAUAUAUCUGAAUGAGGUUUAGGUAAAUGGAUUAUCACAGAAGAUGACAUGAGAAAGUCUUUGUCCUCCAAAAUUUAUUUCCCAAUAAAUAAAUAUUCAUCAAAGUAGCAAAAUGAUCUUAAAGAUAAAUAUGGUUACAGAAUAGCCUUACAGGUAUGAAUAGAGUGAGGGCAAAAUGUGAUGUAAUGGACACAAGUUGGCUCCAGAAGGUUCUAGUCUGUUUAUACCCAUCUCGAAUGCAUGACUAUUUAGAGUAUGUUUAUAAAAGCAAAUGGAACUGGAAUUGCACUCAUUUAAUUGGGCAUUGGCAAUGUUUUAUUACGCUCACCCUGAGAUAUUCUGAAUCUGCAGAAGGAGGCAAAAGGCGGGAGGCAAGGGAAUGGAAUGACUGAUGUUUGUGGAGUGCCUGCUCUAUAGGAAGCAGCGUACCCCCCUCAUUUUAAUCUUUAUCGCAAGCCUCUUCAGUAGGCAUCCCCAUUUUUCAGAUGUGGAAGCUGAGGGCCAGAGAGAUUUGUUUGCCCCAAGUCACACCUCUAGGCUAAUCACAAUUGGAAUGCCAUACAAAGCCUCACCUUGUGCUGUUGUCAAUGUCUGUGUUCUUUUGCUGCUAUGCACAUUUCUAGACGUUUGAGUUGCUGCCCCACAUGUGUGUUAUGAGCCUUGCUAAUGCUGUGUACGUGUUCUCCAACAGAAAUGACUCAUUUGAAAUUAAGUAAAUCUUUGGCUUUUUGUUCUGUUGGUGUGAUUCAGAGCAAAACAAAUUUUAAAAACACAACAACAACAAAAAGAUCUGAGUUCCAAAUAGAGUGUUUUCUUUAAGUGGCAUGAAAAGCAACAAUUGGUGUGUUAGUGUUAAAAUAUUUGGUUUUCUUUGACAAAUGUGUACUGUGUAAGCCUUGCAAAAAAAACUGAAGAAGCCUGCUCUAUGGCAUUUUUGAAUUUUUAUAAAGGUUUCCUUGUGCCAAAUAAGUGCAAAGAUUUACUUUACUAUUAAAAACCAUAAGCAUAUGUUAUAGCUCCAGAAGAAUUAUUUUGUCAUCAAGUGAUUUUGAUCUUUAGUGUCAAUAUUUAUAUUUAGAUUAAUUUUUAUAAAUGAAAUAUUUUAAUGGUUUAAGAAAAUGAGGACAAUAGAGCACUAUCUUUGAUGACUUCUGAAAGUUAUGCUUGCCUUCAUGUUAUAUGCACAUUGCCAAAAAUUACUGUCAAGAGAAAUGAUA